AUGCUUGCCAAAAGGGCAUCAACCAAGAACAGAAUCGAAGAAAAUACUGUAAGGAGGAAAAGCCUAGAGCCAGCUAGUUCUCAACCUUACUCCAAGAACAGAUUCAUUGCGCAAUCGAAGAAAAGAUCGAAGGAAAGUUUGCCUAGAGGACUAACCCUUUUAUCUGCCAUUGUUGCGGUUCCCGUCGCCAGUCGGCUCCGGUGCGUUAUGCCUCAACUCCGCAGUCGGCUCCGGUGCGUUAUGCCUCCACUCCACAGUCGGCUCCGCCGCUCCGGUACUCCGCCGUUAUUUCUCGCAACAAGGACGGAAAGAAAGGGCUCCCGCGGUUCAGGGAAGAGGACGAAAGACGGGGUGGGGACUAGGGAGUAG